UUGUGAACGUGCGUUGUACCGAACAUUUUACAAAAAACGUUUAUAGUCUUGAGGGAGGAUUAUCACAAUUGCGUCCAAAGCCGAAUGAUCAAUCUCAGGGACUUUGCCUAGCCCCCUGCUCCAUCUAGAGUCAGCUAUCUAAUGGAUAAUGAGAUGGUGGUGAGCAACCAGCAAGCUGGGGUGGUUCUGCCCAGGAUAAUGGAGUCAGAGUCCCGGGACGAUGAGCACCAGGAGACGCUCAGCUUCGCUUUAGACCAGUUAUCUCUCAUGGCUGUUGAGAAGUCGGACUGUGGCGCCGGAGGAGGGCUGGUCGACUCCCUUGACACCCCGGACUCUAAUUCCGAUGCAUGCAACGGAGUGGGAAGCUUCAUCGGGUUACAGAUGCUGGAACACCCCAGUGGCUCAGCCGCAUCCCCAGCUUCUUGUUCCCCACCCUCGGAGUACUACAGCGCGGGUGGAAUCCACAUGACCGGCCCGCACACUCACUCUGUACUCGGCGAGCCGAGCUCCGUGCUCUGCAGUCGAAAGAGGAGCGUUAACAUGACGGAAUGUGUGCCAGUCCCGAGUUCGGAGCAUGUUGCAGAAAUCGUGGGAAGGCAAGGUUGUAAGAUUAAGGCUCUGCGUGCCAAGACUAACACCUACAUCAAGACCCCAGUAAGAGGAGAAGAGCCGGUGUUCAUUGUGACGGGGCGUCAUGAGGAUGUGGAGAUGGCCAAACGAGAGAUCCUGUCUGCAGCAGAGCAUUUCUCAAUGAUCCGUGCAUCACGCUGCAAGGCAGGGGCGGUGGCAGGGGCCGGGGGAGCCCUCCCAGGGCCCCCGCACCUGCCCGGGCAGACAACCAUACAGGUGCGUGUGCCCUAUCGGGUGGUAGGUCUAGUGGUCGGGCCCAAAGGUGCUACAAUAAAGCGCAUCCAACAGCAGACGCAUACGUACAUCGUGACGCCAAGCCGCGACAAGGACCCGGUGUUCGAAGUGACUGGGAUGCCGGAGAAUGUGGAUCGAGCUCGGGAGGAGAUUGAGACCCAUAUCACCCUGCGCACUGGGGCCUUUGUCGACUUGCAGGGCGACAGUGACUUCCAUAGCAAUGGCACAGAUGUCAGCCUGGAAAGCCUGGCCACACUGGGCAUGGGGGGUGUGCUGUGGUCCAGGUCCAGCCAUCCAGCUCCACCGCCACCCCCGCCUCUCCCUCUGUCCCUGUACCACCCCAGCAGGAAGGUGACGUCAGCCUCCUUCCACAACGGCGGGCUACGUUCGGGGCCCCCGGAGAACAGCAAUCCCGGCAGUCCCUUCAGCACGGGAACUGCUGGAGGUGGGUUCGCCUGUGGCAGAGACCCUGUGCAAGGUCUCCCUGCCCCAGCUGCAGAGGAGCUGGGGUUCGAGCUCAGCGCUGCCAACAUCUGGGGGCCACUUGUAAAGGCACAGCAUCGGCGCAACAGCAACAGCCGGAGCGGAGGCGCGGUCACGCCACGGGCAUCGCCCACCCUGCUGCCUGACCCUGCCGGCGUGGAGCACACUCUGGCCCUUUCCUGGCUGCAUGCGGGCAGUACCUCCUUCUCCAGAGGCAGCGGCAGCAGCAGCAGCGGGGGCAGCACCACUGGUUAUUCCUCGUCCUGCUCUGCCUCCUCCCUCCCCGGGGGCUCCCCCACAGAGUCAGAGGGCGGGGGUAGCACAGGGGGGCUGCUGGGCCGCUUUAAGGCAGAUGCCCUGGCCGGAGGGAUGGCGGCGGGCGCCAGGGACUGCUACGUGUGCUUUGAGAGCGAGGUGACGGCAGCCCUGGUGCCCUGUGGCCACAACCUCUUCUGCAUGGACUGCGCUGGUCAGAUCUGCCAAUCAGCUGAGCCCGAGUGCCCCGUGUGCCACACCCCUGCCACCCAGUGUAUCCGCAUCUUCUCCUAA